AUGGCACAAGCCGCCGAUACUGUGGGUCUGGUUAUUGGCAUUUUCCUCGCAGUUGGGGUUGUGACGAUGUUCAGUUUGUUCUGUUAUUUCAGAUCGCACUUCCAAGCCCCUGCUUCAAUGUACUACACCGAGGAAGGUAACGGCACUGAGCUCGCGAACGCGGGUGCCUCCACCGACGGCUCGUACAUUACAGGCGAGGUUAACGGCCGCCAAUCCCUCCAACGCUGA